AUGCCCGGCCUCUUCAGACGCCACAGCAACGUCGCCUGCUUUUUCUGCCAGUCGGCUGUACCACUACCGCAGAAUCCAAAUAACUUCCGUUGUCCGGCAUGCCAUUGCUGGAACCGUUAUGAUUCGAAAGGAGAGAUCAUGUCAUUUGAGCCUGCGAUGCAGGACGAAUCGCUGAAUCGACGGUCUUUUGCUCGGCGGGCUUCUCCCAGCAAAGAUCGACUACCAACGAUGUAUGGCAAAGGUCCCUUCUGCCACGCUUGCCAAACGAACCAAAUGCUUAUCAUCAACCUCUUGGCCAACUAUUUGCCAUCUACCAAGAGCCCACAAUACGACCAGCGCGUCGCCAUGUUGCCCGAAUACCGAGAGUCCCUGCACGCGCGUUAUCCUCCUGUUUGCGAGAUGUGUCAGCAGUCAGUUGAUGAUGAGAUCCAUCGCAAGGAUAAUAUGGCGCGCGUUUCGGCGCUCGGAGGCUGGUUGAAGGACAGUAAGGGCAAGGACAAGCAGCGGCGCGUUUCAGCAUCCGUAGAGCGAGAGAAGGUCAACAUCGAGCUAUUUAUAUGGCGCAUCAGAGGGUGCCUGUGGGCUGGAACUAGUCUCAUUUCUCUUGCAUUCAAUGGGCUGUCUGCGAAGGGCUACGCGCUACCCACAUCAAUAUCCUUUAUACAACCAGCCUUUCCCAUCUUCAUUUUCUUGUCUCUAUUUUGGGCGGCUUGGGAUCCCACAUACGCCUCAUUUCGCAGGGCCCAAAUACAAGGUCGCGAUGUCCGUCUCCGAGGAAAGAGACAGUAUAAUAUUUUACAAAUGACUGCAUGGCUAUUACGAUUCACUACCUCAAUUUUGUUGACACUAUCAUGGUUUAAACCGCAUCUGGAUUUCCUUCAUCUAUCUGAACGACCAACUACCCCAACCGCCCGAAUGUAUUUCGGUACCUCGCUCUUCAUCGAGUUGUCCAUAAUAAUCGCAUCUGCUUUUACGCUUCGCUUGCAACGUCCUCCAACGAUACGCCUUGUGGACUCGAAAGCCCACCUCCAUCCAACCGCCUCUUUCUCCGAUUCGCGCUCGCGCUCCUCUACACCGUUUCCCAUUCCAUCCUUCGGCGGACGCUCGAGUUCUCAGGCUAGCGCCCGUUCUACUCCCACUCCCGCAGAUACCGAUCUUCUAGCCUCCCUCAGCCUUUCCUCAAAGCCAGUCAUCACGCCCACCAAUCCCAUCUUCGGGCUUCCAUCCCUCCUUGGCUCCACUUCUGGCGCCACAUCCCAGAAGGAUGCCCACGAAGUAGAUGCCACGGAGGGCGACGAUUUCUAUGCUAAAGAUGAUAUGGCGAUGGACUGGACGCCGAUUCAUCCAUCUCAUACCCACCAGAGUGACUCCCGUGCCUCGAGGUACAAGGGCAAGCAAAAGGCUGUUGCGGAUGACGACGACGGCUCUUGGCUACGGCCGCAACGCUUCUUUGCGCCAGAAAAACCGACUGGUCUGGAAGGAUUGUUCGAGCGCACAAAAUUAGUCGAUGACGACGCGAGCAAAUCAAAACCAACGCAGGACAAUCACAUCUACAUUCCGAAGUGGAUGUACGCAGUGUCCGUCGUACCCAUUGUUCUGGCCUUCCUCGCAUGGAAACUGUGGAGAGGGAAACCUCAAAUCGAAUAUUCGUUACCAUACCCUUCGUAUUCAUACCGUAAUUCACAGCACCCAGUUCUUGACGCUUUCCAAAACGAGUAA